CUUGUAUUGUCAACCACACCAUCUCUCAUUGGCACCACCAGCUGAAGAGAGUUUUCUCCCUAAGUGUCUGCCCCAGUCUUUCCCCGAGUCUAUCACAGAGAGGUUUGUGAAGAAACAAAAGAAUAAUCAAUUCAUACGACAUCUGCUACUAAGUUACUUUGUCCUGGCAUCAUCCCAAAUGUCCAUGCUCGUAUUCCAGUCUUUGGAGAUCAAAAGUCUUAUGAUGGAGGACUACACAUGGCUGUCAUUGCAAAUGUUUGUGAAAACAAUCCAAAAAUGCAAGCAGUUUGUGGCCACGUUGGAGGAGAUGGAUGACAUUUGGUUGGAGAUUCCUACUGAGGCUUUACGUGUUUUCCUGGGAGACACGGCAGAGGAAGUUAACCUGGGAGUAUUUUGGUUUGAGCAUCACAGCCUGUUCCCGGUGGAGGAGAACAACACUGAGCUCCUAAACAGUCGAGUGGUAUCCGUCGAUGUGGGAGAGGACAUCUCAGGCCUCAGUAACGAUCUUAAGAUCACGUUCCUCUUCCAGAAUGUAUCAGUGGAAAACAAAUCACUAGCAUGUGUGUUCUGGGAUCUUGAAAAUGAUACUGUUGCACAUUGGAAUUCCUCUGGAUGUGUCACUGAGACAAAGGAAAAUGAAACAGUGUGCUCUUGUAACCACCUUUCAUUCUUCGCUGUACUUAUGUCUCCGGUCAGUGGCUCCAGUGCCAGUCUGAGCUCCUCCUCUGUGUGGUUGCUGACGUUGUUGUCCAGGGUGGGCUGUGGAAUAUCCCUCUGUUUCCUGUGUCUGGCUCUCCUCAUCCACCUCAGAAGGGGAAAAUCUGAUGAUUCCCUGUGCAUCCACAUCCACCUGUGUGUGGCGCUGCUGUGCCUCAACCUAACCUUCCUCAUCAACGACAGCCUAGCCUCCCUUGGUGUCCAUGGCCUGUGUGUUGCUACGGCAGCAGCCACCCACUACUCUCUGCUGUGCACCCUCACCUGGUUCUCCCUGGAAGGGUUCCACCUCUAUCUGCUCAUCAUCCGGGUCUUCAACAUCCACGUCAACAGAUACCUUCUCAAACUGGGUCUGGUAGGAUGGGGAAUACCUGGCAUAGUAGUUACCAUAAUUGUUGCUUGUGGCAAAUAUGGAGAAUACAGAAUAUACCAGCAAGACGGUGGUGCUAUUCAAAUGUGCUGGCUGACUGACUCUGCUCUGACCACGGUGUCCUUCUCGUACUUCGUGCUGACAUUCGCGGUGAACAUGCUGUGCUUUGGGUCUGUGACAGUGAAGGUGGUGAGGGCCCACCGUCAGAGUCCUGUCCUGAGGGAGAGGGGUAUGAACAGGGGGACAGUACUCAGUCUGCUGGGUCUGGCCUGGCUCCUGGGGGUCUCCUGGGGGGUCCUGCUCUUCCAGUUUGGCCCCCUGAGGGAGACAGCCUUCUACAUCUUCUGCACCAUCAACUCUCUCCAUGGCCUCUUCCUCUUUCUACGCUAUUGGGCUCUAACUCGGCCAGAGAAGGCAUCUAUCUCCAAGGCAACCACUGGAUCUUCUGUAACUGAGAUGCAUCCAGCUGAGAGGCCAGUCCCUGACUAACACGGUUAAACCUUUUACUACUAAUACCACUGCUUCCAUUUUUAUUACAUAAGUACAAUAUUUAGUAUGUUGGUUUAUAACUUUCACUAUAGGAAAACCUAAACAUACAUUAUAAAUCGUAAUUACAAAAUGAAAACUUGUUUCCAGGUUUCCUCGGAAAGCUUACUGUGCUCAUAAUACUUUUUUUUUUACUUUUCAAAGUUGUGCUGUUUAUUGCACUUUGUGUUCAUUUUGUUGUAUUUUGUGACAUAUCUUCCAUGCAUAUUCAGUUUUGAUGUGUAUAGUCCUAGGCAAACAGGGAACACAUCUAUUAGGUUCAAAUGAUGUUCAUCUCUGAAAAUAAUCAAAUACGUUUGGAUACCUAAUCGAUCAGUCACCGUCGUACACGAGGGUAAGAUGAUGUGGUCGACUGUGAAUUGGUGCCUUUCUGUGUCUUUGACUGUUAUCAAAAACCUUCUGAAAGAUAUGCUCUUUUUUUAGUCCAUCUAACAUUUUGGAGAAUUUUAAUUCCCUUUUGGUUUUUGCAGAAAAGGCGUACAGUAUAUAACCUCCUAGCCUAUGGGCUACCUGAGAGAACAUUAGGCCUACAAGUAGAUAGUACCUUAGCGUAACACCAUAUUUGCAGGGAUAAGAAAUCAAUGUUUAGAAAUUAACGUUUUUAGAUUUUGUAAACCUUUUCUUUGUGUAAAUUGUGUAAAUAAUAAUUCCAUAAGAAUUUGAAAGGGGGGGAUGCCCCACAAGCCUCUGGGGUUUUCUACCUCUUCUGCACAUGCUGUUUUUGUUCUGCUUUUACUUUGUGAUCAUAUUGUUUUGGAUUUUCUUGUGUGCCAUUAAAAAAAAAAAAAAAUAGAUAUCCUAGAGGCCCUACUGUGUCAUUGAUAUAGAGGGGGUUCAAUUGAAACCUAUGACUACUUUCUCCCCUCCCAAACAUCGAAGUCAUUGUGGAAAUAUACUGCUGCCUUUUGGAAGACGAUGUUCAUUGUGAACAGAAUAAAAGAAUGAAGAAACCCAAACUGAGCAAAAAGGAGCUACAAUCUCUGAAAAAGCUACAGACAGAAGCAACCAUUCCAAUUCGACAGGCGAAUCUCGUACACAAUUGAUGUUUUUCUGAAUUCAAAAGGCAAUUGUCAGACCAACACUUCUACAUGCCACUGCCCUCUGACCCCAUUUCCACCUACAAUGAACAGAUCAAAGAGACAUUGUUUGAAGGAGUCAAUCAUAACAUCGUAGAUGAAGAGCAUUUUUGUAUGUCCCACACACCUGCACCCCCCUAUACUACAUGGUGCCUAAGCGACAUUAGAAUCUGGACGACCCUCCGGGAAGACACAUUGUGUCAGGGAUUUGGAGCAGAACUGAGAACAUCUCACUUUGUCAAGCAUCACCUGAAACAUGUUUUUUUGUUAACUCAUAGACGGGUGACUGUACAACUCUUGACUGACAUUGAUACCAGAAUAGGUUUUCUUAGUCUUUUUUUGACAUUCAAUCUUUGUAUACAGUCAUUCAUGGUUAACUAGGAACAGAAUUUGAGCUAAUGUUAGUUUAUUAACUCAACUUUUUAAAACUCUUGCUGAGUAAAAUUACAAAUUCACGUUUGGCUUGGAAAGGCAACACUGUAAAAAAAAAAAAAAAGCCAAAUUAAAGGUGAAGUUAUUUUUCUUUCAAACAAAGUUUAUAAUGUAAAUGGAGUGUUAUAGAAGGAAAGGGUCCAGACAAUUUUUUUUUGAGAUUUCACUUCUUUUUGAGAAACUUAGGGACAGAUAUGCAAUAGGCUUACUAACGAUCACACCACACAUUAAAUCAUUAAAAUCUGCCGGAUUUUCAAUAUAAAUCCUGAAUAUAGGCAGCGGAGAGGCCAUGUGCGUCAUUACGUAAGAACAGUAAAGACACGCAGCUCAAAAUGCUCCCCUAUUAAUCUUGUUUAGGGAUAAUACAAAUAUCCUAAAACAUUCCAUUUGGAUAAGUUGUGCGUCUUCUCUGGACAUUAUAGAACGGCACUGUAGCAGGCCAGUGUGUGUUUUUAUAUCCUGAAUUCAAAAUGUAUUAAAUAUGAAAAACAUUCACCCAUCUACACACAAUACCAAAGAACGGCAGAGUAAAAAAUGUUUUUAGAACAUUUUGCAAAUGUUUUAAAUUAAAUACAGAAAUAUCUCAUUUACACAGGUGUGCAACAUUGCUACACAAUCUAAUUCUAGCAGUCUCUAAGGAACAAAUGGCCACAGUCAUCUAGCUACAGUAGGUAAGAGAUCAAUCAAACAAACAUAUUAAUAAGACUGAACUAGAUCAAAGGUAAAUCGAUAAUCAAGACUGUGUUGUACCUUUUAACCAAAAGCUUAACAAAUGACCAACUCUCAACCCUCCUGCUGUGUUCCGGUCGAAUUGGAUUCAUUUGCAAGUUUUCUCUCUGGAAAAUGUAGUUAAUUUCAUCUGAUUGUCAUACGUUUCCAGGACUUUGUCCACGCAGGGCAUCUGAACACACAAAAUACACCUGUGGUGUUCUUGGUCAAAAAUGACCGGUUAUUAGAAAUGAAUGGGUGAGACUACAAUUAGCGUAUAAAAUUGAGUUCAGGCACAUGCCCAUUCAUCAUAUGGACACUUCCUCUCCCAGACCCCCACAUGCAAUUGUGCUUGAACACAUACACACACACACACACACCUGACUCCCCUUCUUGGCUUCCAUGGCAACCCCCACGGGAACCUUUCCCCAGUAGAAUCUUUCUGCCACGGGAACAACACCUGUUGGCAUUCUCACAAACAAUCGCAACAUUGUUUCAAUAAUAUAUAGAUCUUUUCUCGCAGUAUAUAAUAAAGCCUUUUUGAGGCCUUGCUCACAAUUCAUUCUGUGGCAUCACAAUGACCAAAUUAUAUACUAUAUGUGAGGCUCUUGAUCAUAUCUUUGAUCAUGACACUGGUGAGGAGGAGAGAGAGUCCUUGUUAAACUUUGACACAAGCAGUCUGUGAUAAAUAGCACAAUAUGUUUCAUCUGAGUAUUUGUUAUAGUCAAAAUAAUCCAUACAUUAUGCUUUUUUUCUUAAUAACUAAAAAUGAGUUGUAUGAGCUCAGGUCAAUGAGGCCAACAGGCCAUAAAUAGCAAAUAGAAGUUCACAAGAUCUUAAGUUGAUAAAAGAUCUAACACAACAUUGGGUGAUUCAUAUAUGGAUUAUUAGUGAUUUUAUAAUCAGCUAUAAUGGGGUGGUCAGUUUGAACCAGGAACACAGAAUUAAUUAACAUGAAACGAACACAACAGGAGGGUUAAGACAUCCUCUAUUUCAAAUUUCAGUCAGACCACCCAGCCAGCCUGAGCCGCCUGCACGCCCGACCCACACCAGUCUAGUCAAUAACUAAACUCUUGCCCCAACACAAUUUCCUUCCCACCAUUUUUUCCCCCAGGGAAAGUUUUGGAAACAAAAGUAAAAAAUAAAUUUAAAAAACUAUUUUUGUCAUACUGUAUUCCACAUAAGGCAUCCAGACCUUAUGAAAGUUUCCCAGUAUACCUUAAUUUUGGAAUAAAACUAAUCCACUGAUACGUAACUUGACAUUCCUGCCAUCCAUUGUGACAUUGUGGGAGGAUAAUCAACCUUCCAAUUAUUGGCAAUGCAUUUCUAGGCAGCUAUAAAUGCUAGUUUACACAGUUUCUUCUGAUAACAGUCUCCAGUAUCAACAUUUCAGCACAAAUGAAAAACAGGGAGAAGGGAGAAUCUGUAGACAUGCUGAGAUAAAAGAACAUCCUCCUUGCCAGAAUUCAGCCAGCCUUCAGCCAGCCUUCACAAGACCAUAAAAUAUACAAAUAGAGGGAGCUCAAAAAGUAUUGGGACAGAGACCAUUUUUGUUGUUUUGGCUCUACUCCAGCACUUUUGAAAUGAUACAAUCAGCAUGAGGUUAAAGUACAGACUGUCAGCUAUAAUUUGAGGCUAUUUUCAUCCGUUUCGGGUUUAGAAAUUACAGCACUUUUGUACAUAGUCCCCUUAUUUCAUAGGACCAACAAUAUUGGGAAAUGCACUUAUAUGACCAAAUAAUAUUGGGAUAUGUCACUACAUGACCAAAAGUAUGUGGACACCUGCUCAUCGAAUAUCUCAUUUCAAAAUCAUGGGUAUUAAUAUGGAGUUGGUUGCCCCUUUGCUGCUAUAACAGCCUCCACUCUUCAGAGAAGGAUUUCCACUAGAUAUUGGAACAUUGCUGCAGGGACUUGUUUCCAUUCAGCCACAAGAACAUUAGUGAGGUUGAGCACUGAUGUUGGGUGAAUAGGCCUGGUUCGCAUUUGGAGUUCCAAAUCAUCCCAAAAGUGUUUGAUGUUGAGAUCAGGGCUCUGUACAGGCCAGUCAAGUUCUUCCACACCAAUCUCAACAAACCAUUUCUAUAUGGACCUCACUUUGUGCACAGGGGCAUUGUCAUGCUGAAACAGGAAAGGGCCUUCCCCAAACGUUUGCCACAAAGUCGGAGGCACAGAUUUAUCAAGAAUGUCAUUGUAUUCUGUAGUGUUAAGCUUUCCCUUCACUGGAAUUAAGUGACCUGGCCCAAACCAUGAAUAACAGCCCCAGACAAUUAUUCCUCCUCCACCAAACUUUACAGUUGGCACUAUGCAUUCGGGCAGGUAGCGUUCUCCAGGCAUCCGCCAAACCCUGAUUUGUCCGUCGGACUGCCAGAUGGUGAAGCGUGAUUCAUCACUCCAGUGAACACGAUUCAAUUGCUCCAGAGUCCAAUGGAGGCAAACUUUACACCACUCUUGGCGACGCUUGGCAUUGCUCAUGGUUGUCUUAGGCUUGUGUGUGGCUGGUUGGCCAUGGAAACCCAUUUCAAGAAGCUCCUGACAAACAGUUAUUGAGCUGAUGGUGCUUCCAGAGGCAGUUUGGAAAACAGGAGUGAGUGUUGCAACCGAGCACUGCACUCGACUGUCCCGUUCUGUGAGCUUCCGUGGCCUACCACUUCGCAGCUGAGCCGUUGUUGCUCCUAGACGUUUCCACUUCACAAUAACAGCUCUAGCAGGGUAGAAAUUUGACGAUCUGACUUGUUGGAAAGGUGGCGUCCUAUGACGGUGCCACUUUGAAAGGAACUGAGCUUUUCAGUAUGGCCAUUCUAUGCCAAUGUUUGUCUAUGGAGAUUACAUGGCUGUGUGCUCGAUUUUAUACACCUUUCAGCAACAGGUGUGGCUGAAAUAGCCGAAUCAUUUGAAGGGGUAUCCACAUACUUUUACAUAUAUAGUGUACCUUAAACCGAUGAAAGCUGAAGAGCUCCAGAGAAUCUUCCAGCUCAGGGCCGUAACUACGCUUAAAAAAAACAUAAACGUAAUUUCUAAAUUGUUGGUCCCAUGUUUUAUGAGCUGAAAUAAAACUCCUAGACAUUUUACAUUGGCAGAAAAUGCUUAUUUCUGUUAGUGAGCAUUUCUCUUUUGCUAAAAUAAUCCAUCUACCUGAUACCUGUCCAUAUCAACAAGCUGAUUAAACAGCAUGAUCAUUACACAGGUGCACCUUGUGCUGGGGACAAUAAAAGGCCACUUUAAAACGUGCAGUGUUUUCAUUUCUCUACCAUAAGACGCCUCCAAUGUUGUGUUAGAGAAUUUGGCAGUACGUCCCAACCGGCCUCACAACCGCAGACCACGUGUAACCACGCCAGCCUAGGAACUCCACAUCUGGCUUCUUCACCUGCAGGAUCAUCUGAGACCAUCCACCCGGACAGCUGAUAAAACUGAGGAGUACUUCUAGUUCACGCUCUGGCCAUAGAGAGGUUUUUAUUCUCUAUUUUGGUUAGGCCAGGGUGUGAUUAGGGUGGGCCUUCUAUGUUUUCUAUUUCUUUGUUUUUGGCCGCGUGUGGCUCCCAAUCAGAGGCAGUUGUCUAUCGUUGUCUCAGUUGUCUCGGCAGCCUUUUUCCCACCUGUGUUUUGUAGGGUAGUUUUCUGUUUCGUGUCAUUACUUGGCAGAACUGUGUGCUUUCAUUAUCUUAUCUUGUUCGUGUUUUUUUGUAAAUAAAUAAUCAUGAAUACUUUC